AUGGAGCCCCCUGACAUUGCUCGCUCACUCAGUGCGCAAUGGCCAUGUCGGGAUGUGCAGGCUCGACAACUUGCUAGUCUACUCCAUCCACAACUACCUAAUCCUUCAACUGUGGUCGUCCAUGGAGUCUCGGCAACCUGCAAAUCCACAAUUAUCCGUGGUGUACUUGCUGCCCUUGAGGCGCCACAUGCCGUUGUUCGAAGCACCGAGUGCAUCACUGGACGGCAUCUACUGACCAAGAUCCUUUGGAAUACACUUGAGGCAUUUGGUCAGAAGGACGAAUGGGAGAAGUUCGGAAAAGGACGAUGUGAGCAUGUCAGUACUUUGGUAGUGCUCCUGGAGGAAUGCUUGGCUGCGAGACCUGCCGACAAACAAGGAAAUUUUGUCUUGGUGUUGGACGAGAUAGAUAGGCAGAGAGAGGCGGCGCCGACUUUGCUCUCGGCACUGGCUCGACUUGGACAAAUUAUCCCAUCGCUUUGCGUUGUAUUGGUCCUGAGCUCAACUCCACGGCCACUUUUCCUCCAGAGUGCGUCGGUUCCUCAUAUCAGCUUUCCGCCAUAUACCCGAAAAGAGAUGAUUGAUAUCUUGAUGGCUUCGCCUGCGCCCACGCUAGAAGGCCUGCCGGAGGAAAUACUUUCCCGCGUAUAUCCGCACUUUGUUUCGACCAUCUAUGACGCCCUGGUCGGACCGACAGCUGGGUCGAUCCCAAACUUCCGAUCUAUCUGCGAGAGGUUAUGGCCCCAAUUCGUGGCCCCUGUGUUGCAAGGCGAAGCACCUCCUGGCAAUACCGAAUGGGACUUUGCGCGACUGCUGGUCAGGAAUAGGGCACUUUUCAGACACCAAGGUGAAUCGGCGCUUGUUCAUCGAAUUGUGCCCGACAACUCUUCUGCCCCAAGUAAUACAUUAUUACGCAAGCCCCUUUCCGCCAGUGGCGUCCGCUCAGGGUUGCCCUCUCUACCAUACUUCUCGACUUUAAUCUUGACAUCUGCAUACGUCGCAUCCCACACCCCACAAAGAUUGGACACUAUCUUUUUCUCCAAAUUCUCCUCCUCUUCACUGUCCGCUCGCAACAAGCGUGCUCACCACCGUCGUCGUCUCAAGACACUUUCACAGGCCCAAGCCGAAGAAAUGAGACAAGCUAACGACCCUUCAACCCCAAACAAAAAAGGCAAACGGACCAAGACCCGUAUCACAAAAUCCACCCUGUCUUCAGCCUUUGCUACAUCGUCAGCCACUACAUCUGCGAUGGGAGGUGGUGCGGGUAUAACAGGUCCGUCUACGAUUCUCACAGCACGUCCAUUCCCACUCGAGCGUCUUCUCGCAAUCUAUCACGCUAUCGACCCCAACCCGCCCGAAAAUCCCAUCCGCACCGGCGCAGUUGCAGACCAGAUCUAUGCCGAGUUGGCCACACUACGUCGCCUGCGUUUAGUUGUCCCGGCCUCGGGUCACCAUGGUGGCCUUGGUACCACUGCAAGUGGAAAUACGAGUGCGGACGCAGGAGAGAAAUGGUGUGUCAAUGUUUCUGGUGACUGGAUUGGGGAGUUAGCCAAGGGCAUUGGUGUUGAGGUUGGCGAAUGGCUAGCUGGUGGUCUGGACUAG